AUGUCACAGACGGCCCAAUAUGAGCCUGUCAAAGACGCUGGAAUAUCCAAUGGUGACUGGCAGAACGAUGACUUUGCAAAUGUGAAUCAUCGUUAUCCGACAGGUAGCGUUGACGGGAAUGAAAGUAGAAUCUCAGGCGAAGGCGGUUAUGACGAUGAUAACGAUAGUGCAGAUGAUGGGGCUACGGUUCCUGUUACUGCCUACGUGCAACAAUAUCUGGACGAAGGUUCUUAUUUUCCUGUGCAAGAGGUGGUACCGAAUACGUCACUAAAUAUGAAUAACUAUAGGAGGAUAAGAAGUAACACCGUAACUUCUAACGUCAUGCCACCUAGGCCUACAGAAGGUCCGGGAUCCGUGAUGUCUAGAUCGACGACGGGACCUAAUCAAAACAGUCAAACUGCAGCAGAUCCAAAUGAUCCGAGCAACGUGAAUGGUGCCGUGACUAUGAUGGUGAAACCAAAGACUUUAUAUCAAAACCCUCAAACACCCACAGUUUUACCUUCGACAUAUUAUCCGAUCAAUAAGUGGUCAUCGUUUAAGUACCAACACAUGAAGGAAUUUUUCGGUGAGUUUUUAGGUACCAUGAUUAUGAUGAUGUUUGGUACUGCUGUUAACUGUCAAAGGAAACUUUCACAACAAAAUCAAAUUAACAAAUUUAAUCAAAUUAUUCAGUUGAAUAACAUGGAGUCUGAUCAAAUAGCUAUGCUGCAAUAUCUUGCAACUCCAGAUGUUGCAGGUAAUUUCGCAACUGUUGCCUUUGGUUGGGCUGCGGCUGUGGUAAUGGGUUAUUUUGCAGCAGGUGGUAGUGCAAUUUCGGGUGCACAUCUGAAUCCAGCAAUUACGGUGUCAAAUUUUGUUUAUAGAGGAUUCCCUUGGAGAAAAUUAGGUGUUUAUUUUAUGGGACAAUACCUGGGCUCGUAUAUUGGAACCUUAUUAAUUUUGUGGUACUAUCGAGAGGUUAUUGAACAUGUAUAUCCAAACUGGCAUUUGGAGGAAAGUGUAUUGGCAAUGUUCAGUGUCGUGCCAUUGGAUUAUCUCUCUACAUCAAGACAAAUAAUUGCAGAAUUUCUAAUAGGGGCCAUGCUGCAGUGUGGAAUUUUCUCGUUAACAGAUCCUUAUACAUGUUUGUCCACGGACCUUUUUCCUAUGAUGCUUUUCAUUCUUAUGUUUAUUCUCAAUGCAGCAGGCGCAUACCAGACAGGUGCUGUUUUGAAUCCUGCGAGAGAUAUGGGACCUAGGCUAGCUCUCUUAACAAUCGGGAUGGACAAAGAUGUGAUUUUUAACACGCAUCACCAUUUCUUCUGGGUUCCAAUGGUCGUUCCAUUCGUGGGAAGUUUCACUGGUGGUUUAGUAUAUGAUUUUUGCAUAUAUCAAGGGCACGAAUCACCUCUAAACUUACCACUUUCAGCUUAUACCGAUUGGUUUAGAAGACAUUGGGAACUCCUAAAGGUGAAAACAUCAUCUGGGUUCGUUGGUUCUGAUUUAGAAACCAUCGGUACUAAUAACACAACCUCAAACGUAGAAAGCCACAGAUCUCAGACGUCUGAGAACAAACAAGUCCAUUUCAAGAGCGUAUUGAGGAAUUCAAAGACAAGAAAUCCUAGCACAGGUAUUCCUACAAUCUUCGAAUCAGAAGAAACAACCUACUCCCGACCAAAUUUCAUCCAAAAGCAUAGUGACAGAAGCGCAUGA